CCAACCAAGCAAACUUUUCAGACAGAGUCAUCAUGAUUCAGGAUUAACCACUCGAGUUCAGAGAUUCAUCAUUCCAUAUAUGAUGAUUGAGUGAGAGAGAUGAAACGAAAUGGUGGGGUUAUAUAAAAGGGUGGCAAGACUCUAAUGCAAGAGAGGUUUAAGGCAAAGUGCCUCUCAUUAAGGAGGCAACUACUUAGACAACUGAAGGAGCAGCUUGUAAACCAUAGUCCCACCUGCUAUCUCAUUUUCCUUUGAACUAAGGUCUCUCGUUUCUUUUGGACAAGUAAAAUUGAAAUAUUUAAGGAUCAAACACUUUAAAACUAUUUCUGUUGCUGCUUCUGCUGUUCUUAUCUGGUUUUUAUCUCUUUGGCCCUCAAGAUUUACUAAAGAUGCGCAGCAUGGCAAGCUCCACUUCCGCCAAAGGUAUAGCAACCAUUGUAGGCGUCGGGCCUAAGCUUGGACGAUCCAUUGCCCGCAAGUUUGCUCAUCAAGGAUACACCGUUGCCAUCCUUGCUCGGGACUUAGGAAGAUUGUCAAAAUUUGCAGAUGAGAUAGCCAGGGAAGAGAAAGCCCAAGUCUUUGCAAUCAGAAUUGACUGCUCGGAUUCUAGAAGUGUCAGAGAAGCAUUUGAAGGGGUUCUCUCACUAGGAUUUGUAGAAGUUCUGGUGUACAAUGCAUAUCAGCCAGUUUCUUGUCACCCCACAAACUUUACUGACAUUAAAAUCAAUUCCUUCGAGAAAUCUCUUGCUGUAUCCUCCCUUGGUGCUUUCCUUUGCGCUCAACAGGUACUUCCCGGGAUGGUGGAAAGGGGAAGAGGAACGAUUCUCUUCACUGGCUGCUCAGCUUCACUCAAUGGCAUUGCUGGUUUCUCUGAACUAUGCUGUGGAAAGUUUGCCCUGAGAGCUUUAUCCCAAUGCCUGGCAAGAGAGUUCCAGCCUCUUGGUGUCCAUGUCGCCCAUAUUAUCAUUGACGGAGUUAUUGGUCCACCUAGAUCCAGGGUGCCAUCGGCAUCACAGAAAGGGAUGGUUGGGGAGCAACAGCAAAGCGGAGUGGGAAGGGACGGGGCCGUGAUGAUGAUGGACCCAGACGCGUUGGCUCAGACCUACUGGCACCUGCAUGUUCAAGACCGGACCGCUUGGACCCAGGAGAUUGACCUCCGUCCUUCCAUCACCAGAUUCUGUUAGCUAUUCAUAAUCAUUCCUCAACUUGCUCCUCAAAUCAUUUGCAACUUCUACACUAUCAUUAUCAUCUUCAAUGGUUUUCAUUUCUUCUACACUGUUUGAUGCUUUAGAAAUGUUGAUGGUACCAAUGACACUUCAAUUGGAUUUUCAAAAGUGUCAUUGGAACUAGCAUUUCAGGAUUUGCUAUGUAAAUUCACUCAAGGGAUUUUUUUUUCUUCUUUUUAUUUUCCUUCUAAGGAGUUUGAAAAGUAGAAAUACAUGAUGAUUUAUAUUUCGAGUG